UCUAAAGAUUGAACAAAGAUCACAUUUUUUGAAGAAUUUUGUGGAUUGAGUCUGCAUCAGUGAUGAGUAAUUCUGAGAAGAAUUGUCAAGUAAAAGGGUUCUUGACUCCACCACCAAAAUGGAGAUCAAAUCGGUGUGUGCCAGUGAUGCCACGUACAGAAAGGAAACCAUGGAGUUCAGGGAAUGGUCAUUUGGGCCUCAAGACUGAUCUUUUUCAUGUCAUUCAUAAAGUUCCUGCUGGAGACUCGCCUUAUGUUAAAGCCAAACAUGUCCAGGUGAUAGACAAGGAUCCUAGCAGAGCCGUCUCUCUGUUCUGGGCGGCAAUCAAUGCUGGUGAUCGAGUUGAUAGUGCUCUCAAGGACAUGGCAGUAGUAAUGAAACAAUUGAAUCGGUCAGAUGAAGCGAUUGAAGCAAUUAAAUCUUUCCGACAUCUUUGCCCUCUUGAAUCUCAAGAAUCUCUUGAUAAUGUGUUGAUCGAACUUUACAAGAGAUCUGGUAGGAUUGAAGAAGAGAUACAGCUGUUAGAACAUAAGAUCCAGAAUAUUGAAGAUGGCAUUGCUUUUGAUGGGAAGAGGACAAAGAUGGCCAGAUCUCAAGGGAAGAAAAUACAUGUCACAAUUGAGAAAGAGUACUCUAGAUUGUUAGGUAACUUGGCUUGGGGGCAUUUGCAGCUAGGGGAUUACAAAUCUGCAGAAGAGAGUUAUAGAAAAGCACUUUCACUUGAACCCGAUAAGAACAAGCAGUGCAACCUGGCAAUUUGCUUGAUAUACUUGAACAAGACUGCAGAAGCUAAAUUUUUGCUUCAAUCUGUAAGAGCUUCAUGCAUUAAUGAGCAAAUGGAUGAAUCAUAUGGUAAAUCCUUUGAGCGCGCUACUCAGAUACUGGAAGACCUUGAAAAGCAAAGCAGUGUCAGAACUAUGGCAUGGGAAGAAGGCAUAUGUGGAGAAGCUCAGACACCUUUCCCAUCAGGUGUAAGAAGAGACGUCAUAGGAUUAUCUGGAGAUAGUAAUGGGGGUCAAAGUGAUCAUCCAGGAGGUGGAAUGUCUCAAGGGUCAUCGUUUCUGCAUCAAAACAAAAUGAUGUCAGUGGACAAUGAAAUGAAGGGCAGAGCUGGUUUUUGGAAUUACAAAGAAAGUGACCUUAGUUUCCCUCGUGCAGGAUAUGGCGGAAACAAAAGAAAUGAAAAUCAGCUCAGUAAUGGCCAACUUAAGAUGUAUACCUCUCCAGUUUCUCUUGCAGGACAUCCAAAGGAUUUAUUUACCCAACCACGAAAAUGCUUAUGGUCAUCCAAUGGAGAUCAGAAAAGGGGCCGACUUGCAGAGGAAGCAGCUGGUGGUUGCAAUAGAAAAUUGUCAUUUGAGCAGCAUAAAAAUCACGAAAAGUUGCAGUUUGAGAGCCUCCAUAAUUAUGAGAAAAUUUUCUCCUUAUCUGCAAAUAAUGAACCCAAAACAUCAAGACCAAAAGCAUCAACUAGUGAAAAUUGGAGGAGAAAUAUGUUGCCGAAUCAUGCUAAAACAAGCAGUGAGCUUUCUUGGAAGCCUAUGGAUCAUGGAGAGUGCAAAACGAAUGUAUUGGAAACUGAUGAGCAACUGAAUGCCGCCAAGGAUGAGUGCAAGGAGAAAUGCAGUAUGCCUCCAGAGUUAAUAGUCGAUAGUGAAAGAACGAGUGUUAAGCAUUUCUCCAAUGUAGAUUGUGAACAGAGUUCUACUUCUUUGACUGCAGAUAAUGGGGAAUUGAUAGGAGCCGCUAAAAAUGAUUGCAAAGAACAGAAAUCAAGUCAGCAACUAUCUACAACAAGCUCAAAAGAGUCUCAUGAUUCCUCCAAAAGCAAGAAGAGUUGGGCUGACAUGGUUGAAGAAGAAGAGCAGAAGUCAGAAAGUGGAACACAUGAUUUUCCUGUUCAUACAGGGGGAUUUUCAUUUAACAAACCUGUUUCUUGCAGAUCACCAAGCAAGUAUACUGAUGAGUGCAAAGGGAGAGAAGGCUUCUCCAAUGAGAACUUCAAUACAAACAUUGUUCUUCAGACUCCUGAUCUUCUGGACAAGUCUCAGAAUUUGAGCCAAAAGAUUGAAUCAUUGAGUCUGAGAGAUGGUUAUUACACUCAGCCUCACCACGAUACUGUGUCCAAAGAUGGAACAAUGGAGCAAUCCUUGUCUUUUGGUGUCCAUCAGAACCCAGACGUAUCAGCAAACGACUUUUCUUCUCCAGUGCAUAAGAGAGCCUUGGAUUUUGGGUGUGAUAACUCUAUGCCUUUUGAAGGGCAUCACGCUACUCCAAAUGGCAUAAACUUACUACGGAGGAACCGAUUGCAGGUUUUCCAAAAUAUAACUCCUGAAAGUCCAAGAUGCUGAUUGACUUGUAUAGAUAAUCAGAAGUGUGAAUAACAUUUUACUACAUUCUUGAAAAGAUUCUUGUCUAUUCAUUUAAGGGCUGAUUUGUCUGUGGAUUUUUUUCCCACUAUUUGUGCAUGAUGAGGCUGUAAAUAUGUUCAC